AUGUACAUCCUGACCAUUGUAGGAAACGGCCUUAUUGUGAUCACCGUGAGAACCAGUCACAAGCUGCACACUCCAAUGUACUUUUUCCUGAGCAACCUCUCAUUCCUGGAGAGCUGGUACACCACCGCCAUGGUGCCCAAAAUGCGAGAGACCUUUGUAGCAGUUGAGACAAAAAUUUACAUGUACUGUUGCCUCAUUCAGACUUUCUUCCAUUUCUUCCUGGGCAGCACGGAGUUCUUCAUCCUGGCUGUGAUGUCUUUCGACCGCUAUUUGGCCAUAUGCAAACCCUUGCUAUACGCCACAGUCAUGACCAGCAAGAUCUGCCUCCAGCUGUCUGGGGCUUGUUUCGGGGGAUUCCUGGAUAUAUUAUUCCAAACUCUUCUGAUCUUCCAGCUGCCCUUAUGCGACUCCAACAUUAGCAACUAUUUCUACUGUGACAUUGGGACGGUCUUAAAAAUAGCCUGCACUGAUACCUGCCUGAUUGAGUUGCUGGGAUUCUUGGCUGCAAUCACAGUUAUUCUCAGUUCUUUGAUGUUCACCGUGGUUUCCUACAUCUGUAUAAUAUCCACCAUCCUCUGCAUCCCCUCUGCAACGGGGUUCCAGAAGGUAUUUUCUAUCUAUUCCCAUCUGACUGUAGUCUCGAUACUCUCUGGGGCUGUUCUGUUUAUGUACCUGAGGCCCAGUGUGCAUUCCUCGUUCAGUCUCAAUGAGGUGGUGUCAAUGUUAAAUACCAUCUUGCCCUUGCUGAACCCUUUGAUUUACACAAUAAGAAAGAAGGAGGUGAAGGCAGCCUUCUGA